AUGAUGUCGAGUGAUAUAAUAAACAAAAAUACGGAUAGAAUUAUUUACCCAGAACAUGCAGAUGUGGUUAUAAUUGGCGGAGGUUUCAUUGGAGCUUCUGUUGGAUAUUGGCUAAAGACUAGAGCUGGAGAAGGUUUAUCUGUAGUAAUUUUAGAAGAAGACUUCACAUAUGCAAGAAUUCAAAAUAAUGUUUCCUUAGGAAUACUAAAUCAACAUUUUUCAUUACCAGAAAAUAUUAAUUUAUCCCAAUACUCAGUAGAGUUCCUUAGAAAUGUUAAAAAUAACUUAAAUUCUGAUGUAGAUAUUCAAUUUUGUCCUAUUGGGCAUUUAAUUCUAGCUAGUGAUAAAUAUGCUGAACGUUUGGAACAAAAUGUUGCAAUUCUAAAAGAGUAUGGCGUAAAGAAUGAAUUAUUAACUACAAAUGACAUACAGGAGAAAUAUCCUUGGAUCAACACAGUUGAUAUUAAAUUGGGUUGUAUUAGUACCGAAUCAGAAGGAAUAUUUAACCCCUGGGCUUUGUUAAAAGGAUUGGUUAUGGAAUGUAAAAAGCUUGGAGUUACAUUUGUUAAUGCUAAAGUUGUUGGUUUUGAAAUGGAACAGCAGCAAGAUGUGUUAAUGGAAGGAAUAAGUCCAGGCAACUUUAAAAGAAUCAACCAGGUUAUAUUUAAGACAAAUGACAAUGAAGAGCAUACAAUUAAAUUUGCUAUAGGUGUCUUAUCAGCAGGGGAUAGUUCAGGUAAAAUUGCAAAACUAGCACAAAUAGGCCUGGGAGAUGAUCUAUUAAAAUUACCAUUACCAGUAGAACGAAGGGAGUACAAUAUAUAUAAAAUUCGAGAUAGUGAUGAUGUGAAAAUUAAUUUGCACACACCUUGUUUAAUGGACACAAGUGGGUUAUGGUUAAGGAGAAAUAGUAUUGAUAGAAACUUUUUAUGUGGAGUUACACCUUUAUUGAAUAGUAAUGAAAAAGAAUUGCUGAGUGAUGGCUAUUAUGCUGAUAUUAUCGAGCCAUCAUUGUUAAAUAGGUACCAAAAUAUAAAACAAAAUCAGAUUUCAAAAUUGAAAACAGAAAUCGAUGAUUGCAAUACCUAUGAUGGUACAGGUAUUCUGGGCUAUCACCCGUAUCAUACAAAUAUGAUACUAGCAGCUGGUUUUGGGAAACUAGGUUGUCAACAUGCCCCUGGUAUUGGAAGAGCAAUAGCAGAAAUAGUGAUUGAUGGUCACUAUACCAGUAUUGAUCUAACAAGAUUUGGAUUUGACCGCUUGCUUAUAGACGAACCACUGGUGGAGUUUAAUGUUUAU